UAUAGCCCAGUGCUGUUUGUUCCUCUGUUGUGUUCAUUUGUGUUUCUCUUCUUCCUCCUCCUCCUCCUCCUCUUCCUCCUACUCCUCCUCCUCUUACUCCUCUUCCUCCAGCAGCAGCAUCAGAUCCACCACCACCACCACCACCACUAUACCUCCCCGUAGCUUGCAGACUCCGGCCGCGCGCGAUAAAAGAGCUUAACCCUCGCCUCAUCGAUUACUGAUUAAUACUGAUCCGGGUGUAGCUUCGGCUCAUCCCCAAGACUACGCUGCCUCAGUCUGACCUCCUUCCGCGGGCGUGUUUUUCCCCUUCCUCCCCUCCUUUCCAGAGCGCGAGGUCCCGAGAGGCAAGAAACAGCGGCUCAGUAAUAAGUAAUUGAUUAUAUGAAGCUGAGUGGCUCAAGACGGGUUCUCUCUUUUUUGGUAUUGCGAGGUGAAAGCAAGUGUGUUCAAAGGCGGCGGCAAAUCACCGGGUUUUAAAGACAUGCAGGCGGCGGUAGUGGUGGUGGUAGUGGUAGUGGUGGUGUUAGUGAUCCUUUGUGUCAGCCUCGUCGUGUUUCGUCAGCCCCAACCGUCGCUUCAGUCGCCGAGUGCAAAGUUUCCUAAUCGCCGUAAAAAUCUGGCUUGACGUGUUGUUUGCGAGCGGCGUUUCGGAGCGGCGUGAUCGGGGCGCUCGGCUGUGGAAAAUGUUCGGCCACACCGCCAACCGCCGCGCCGAGCACCUGUGGAGGUUCCCAUAGUUGAGGCCGACACCAGCGCCCUGCGACCCUUUCCCAGUCCACAGCGAUCACGUUUCCCUGUGUUUCGUAUUUUGGAGUUUGUUCUCCUGCACCGCAACAGCUGGCCGCAGGAAAUUCCUCCUGAAGGCGCCCAUUAGUCCGCCCCACAUGACACGUAGUCUUCAUAUUAGGCGUCGCCAUUUUGUGCCAGGGAGGCGGCAGGCCCACGAGCGGCUGUGGGAGUUCCUCAGAGUGGAGGGCGAGUGAUGCCGCGGCAGAAUCUCUUUACAACGCGGCACUGGAAGCCGAGGAAGGAAUGACAAAAUGGCAAGUAUAUAAGGGAGCAAAGUUUCACAUCCGAGCUUAUUCACACUCGGGCCCCAUGGUGGACGCGCCGGCUGGCAGGAGGCAGCGCGCCGCACCCCGCCCCGCCCCGCCCCACCCCGCCCCGCCCCGCCUCGCCGCCGCGAACAUUGACCCUUAAAAUUAUGUCCACGAACUGAGCAGAAAAAAGCCCUCGAAGAUCCGGUACAUUCUGUGGCGAGUGGCUGCAGCGGUCAGGUGCGUGGGUAACCCAGUGGAGAGCGGAGUGGUGCCAAAGACUUGGUCAUGCGCGCGUCCUAGUGGCCGUCAGUGCCUUCCGCACCUUCCGCCGCGGGCCUCCCCCCGCCAACACUCUGGUGUAUUUACCUGAAGAGCCUGCAACACCACCGGCCACUGUGAGCUACCGUGACGUCCCUGGACCCCGCCUCGGUGCCCCGACCCGCCUCGGCUUCCAGCAGCCGCUCCCCGGUCCUCCUGGCCCACCUCGGGCCGGAGCCAGCGUGUGCAUCAUCACCUGAGGCGGCCACGGCCCCCGUCAGGUGACACACAUUCGACCCUGGCGCCUGACUUGUCCACGGUGCUGCCCCUGUCCCUUCCCUGGGCAGUGCCAGGCCCCGCCGCGGUGCAGCUCCCAGCCGUGUUUCUAGGGGAUUCGCGCGGCCCGCCGCGGCCGCUAACGCCGCCGCCGCCGCCGCCGCAUCUGCCGACGAGCGUGUCGCCGCCGCCCUCGCCGCCACACAUACAUCACCGCGAGGGCCUGGCCUCCACCACGGUCACUCUUCCGUCACCCUCGUCCACCAGCCCUCCGCUCAGCGCGGCGACAACAUCCAGUACUGUCACCCGCCUGUGCCCAGCCCCCGCCCUCGGGGCCGCGGCGUCCCUCGGCGGCCCCACCUUCAGCUCGAGGGCCGCCGCCGCCUCGAGAAUGGGCACUGGCAGGUCGGGUGACAGACUCCUAGACAUCCCCUGCAAAGUGUGCGGUGACAGAUCGUCAGGGAAACACUACGGCAUCUACUCUUGCGACGGUUGCUCGGGGUUCUUCAAGAGGAGUAUCCACCGUAACCGAGUCUACACCUGCAAGGCCACGGGGGAUCUGAAGGGCAAGUGUCCCAUUGACAAGACGCACCGUAACCAGUGUCGCGCCUGCCGCCUUAGCAAGUGUUUCGACGCCGCCAUGAACAAGGAUGAGACUGGUGAAAUCUCUCGGGGGCUUCCAGUGGCUGCCCAUGCAGUGCAGCACGAGCGGGGCCCCAGGAAGAGCAAGACCAAGGACGGCGGCAUGGCGGGGCUUGGCAUGAUCCAUGCUGACCACUUUCCCGUGCAAGACUCCUCGAAGGGCCCGCCGCUGCUCUUCCCGCCGCCGCCCCUGCCCUCCCUCAAGCCCCACGGAGCGCCCCACAUGUUCCCCGACGGCAUACUGGCCCCCACGCCCAUCCUCAUGCCCCACGUGCCCACCUCUCAGCCUCCUAGUCUCCUUCAUAUGCUCUCCGCUGAAAAGUUGCAGAAUGAGAAGCUAGCAAUCAGCAGCGGGUCUAUCAGCGGCAUGUCAGAAGUGCCCGUGUCCUUCCCGCAGGCGCCCUCGCUGCUCCCCUUCGCGCCCUCGUGGGACAUAUUUCAGGAGACGACGGCGAGGCUGCUGUUCAUGAUGGUGAGGUGGAUCAGGUCACUGGCGCCCUUCCAGACUCUCUCCCGUACAGACCAGUGCGUGUUGGUGGAGGAGUCGUGGAAGGAGCUGUUCCUGGUGCACCUGGCCCAGUGGUACCUGCCCCUGGACCUGAGCGGCCUCCUGCAGAGUCCCGCGGCACACUCCAGGUUGGGCAGUGACGAGAGGACCGCCCUGGAGGUGGCCACCAUACAGGACGUGCUGAGGCGCUUCAGACACCUGAGUCCUGACAACACCGAGUGCGGGUGUCUGAAGGCCGUGGUGCUCUUCAAGCCAGACGCGAGCGGGCUGGUGGACGUGCACCCCGUGGAGAUGCUGCAGGACCAGGCGCAGUGCAUUCUCAGCGACUACAUCCGUUCGCGCCACCCCCGCCAACCCACCCGCUUUGGGCGCCUGCUGCUGCUGCUGCCGGGCCUCAAAACUGUACGAGCGUCCACGGUGGAGGGGCUCUUCUUCAAAGACACGGUUGGGGACACGCCCAUACACAAGCUGGUGCUCGACAUGUACACGAUGGACACCAGCGGCAAGAGUGACCACGGCGGCAUGUAGGUCCCUGCGCCGCGCCGCCUGUCAGAGCAAGACAGUAGGAGUGAUGGUCUUCCCGGCGCCCGUAGCGCGGCGCCACACAUGACUCACGGGUGGAGGGAGCCCGCGAGGCGCCAAGUAGGGGAAUCCAACCCUUUAUAUCGCAUUCGCUCCUUAAAAAUCAAACAUGUCUGCGCUCACUCUUUGUUUUGUUCAUCGUUGCUUCAGCGAAAUAAAUUUUUUAAAGUUACUGAGGACGCAGAGAAGCAAAAAGAUAUAGUUACUUGUUUGUAAGUGAUUCGAUGCCACUACACUGAACAUCUGUUAGCCGCUGCGUCCCUGCGGCCGUGUGGCGAGCGAGGGACGCAGGGCACACCGGCCGCCCGCCGCCCACUCCGGUACGUGACGGCUGUAUUAAAUAAACUGUUGAGCUGGCAUGCGUGACACUGGCUUUUGUAUUAAUCGAUGAGGAAACACUGACGCUGCUGCUCACCCACGCUAGCAGGAGAGGACAUGUUCACGCUCGUGUACGUGUGUAUUUGUGUGCGUGUGGGUGUGAGUGUAUUUGUAUGCGUGUAUUUGUGUGCGUGUAUUUGUGUGUGUGUGUGUGUGUGUGUGUGUGUGUGUGUGUGUGUGUGUGUGUGUGUGUGUGUGAGCAGGCGUCGCCUAGAAUGUUCUGCUUGCACCAGCAGCUCAUCACACCCGCAAUACGAAUAGACACCGUGAGGCGGGGAGUCGCAUCUCACAGCAAGGAGACACCAGCGCGGAGGACGCCAACACGGCCUGGAGCAGCGUGACAGUGCGUGUUUACUUAUCGCAACCGUGAUACUCCAGCCAAGACAAAGCAGCAGUAGCAGCAGCAGCAGCAGCUUGGCCCUCGGGACACGCACACACACCAAACUCAUCCAUUUCCACAGCCUGCAGCCAGACACUCACUAAGGCUUCACCACACAGCAGACUGGUGAUGGCCUCACAUCGAGGACUCUGCCCCGCCACGAGUCUCGCGUCACAUCUCUCCAUUCAUCCCUCGGCGAACUGUUUGUUGGAAUGACCAGAGAGCCUUUUUUACUUCGGAGAGAUGUAAACUUCGUACAUGCUGUACAUAUUUAAUAAUGGCCUGUUUGAUGAUGAUAUUAAAGAAAAUCAUAUUCCUUUCCUGAUAGCUGUUCAUCAUCGGUCGCUACCCUCCCCCCCAAAAAAAAAAAGAAUAACAAUGACUCUUCCCCUUUUUAAUAACUGGUAAAUUCUUCUCUGGGAUCACACGGGAGGCUUGGCAGGUGUGUCGGGGAUGGCCAGUGACACUCACUCCACUCAAUACAUUUCACUUGCCGACAAAGUAUGUGGACUACAGUGUCCGUGUACUCUGACUCACCACAGCUUCCAUGAAUGUCACUUUGAUGAUGGUGGUGGCGGUGUUGGUGGUGGUGGUGGUGGUGGUGGUCGUGGUGGUGGUGGUGGUGGUGGUGGUGGGUGGUGGUGGUGCCCCUCUAGUCACUGGACUCACGUUGAAAUGUCCAGUCACAAAUCAUGAUGCCCAGAAAGCCUCGUGGACUCUUAACCUCAGUCCCCAGUACUCCAUCAUACACCCAGUCCUUACACUCCAGUCCUCACACCUGCUCCACUCUCUCAGUCGUUCAGCCACUUCCAGCCCCGUACUUCCAGACCCUUCAGUCAUACCUCCUUUAUUUCCAGUCCUGUAACUCCAGCCCCAUACUCUAGGCCUUCUAUACCAUCAGCUACAACACUUUCAAUUCUUCAAUCCCGCAGUUGCUUCCAGCCUCGUACUUCCAGACUCGACACAGCUCCCUUACUUCCAGCUCCAUUCUUCCAGUCCCAAUACCCUGAGACUUCCAUGCCCUCAACUCAUUAAUUUAAAUUCCCCACCUCUACCUCAUACUUCCAUUUCCCACACAUGCGAAGUUACAUUUCUUGACAACAUAUUUCCAGCUUCCUCAUUUUCAGUCCCCACACUCCCAGCCAUCAUAUCUCAGUCCAUUCUUCUAGCCCUCAAUAAUCUCAGUCCUACACUUGAAGCCCCACCAUACAUUUCCAGAUCUUACAUUUUCAGCCCCCAUAUCUCAAUACGCCACACUUCCAGUCCCUUUAUCCAGUUCAAGGCCAACA